AUGCCUGUGCACAACAUUGUCGUUCUCGCUGGUGAUGGCGUCGGCCCUGAGGUCGUUGCUGAAGCGAUCAAAGUUCUCAAGGUCAUUGAGAAGCAUACCGAUAAUACCUUCAACUUCCAGGAGCAUCUGUUUGGAGGUUGCUCGAUAGACGCGCACAACAACCCUCUUACCGACGAGACCCUCACAGCCGCAAAGAAUGCCGAUGCCAUCAUUCUCGGUGCCGUUGGAGGACCAAAAUGGGGCACGGGCAAGGUGCGCCCAGAACAGGGUAUUCUCAAGCUCCGCAAGGAACUCGGGACCUUUGGAAAUCUGCGACCCUGCUUCUUCGCCUCCGACUCGCUAGUCGACUCCUCGCCCCUCAAAGCCGAAAAUGUGCGGGGUGUCAACUUCAACAUCAUCCGUGAAUUGACUGGUGGCAUAUACUUUGGUGACAGGAAAGAAGAUGAGGGCGAUGGCAAGGCAAUGGAUACUGAACCAUACAGUGUCGAGGAAAUUGAACGCGUUGUACGUUUGGCUGGCAACCUUGCCUCGGUCGAGGACCCACCAGUGCCUGUGUGGAGUUUGGACAAGGCCAACGUGCUCGCGACAUCAAGGUUAUGGAGGAAAACAUUCGAGCGUAUCAUGAAGGACGAGUACCCGCACCUCAAGUCAGGCACCCAUCUCAUCGACUCCGCCGCCAUGCUCAUGAUCAAGAACCCACGCGCGCUGAAUGGUGUUGUUGUCACAAGCAAUCUAUUUGGUGACAUUAUUAGCGACGAGGCGAGCGUUAUCCCAGGCAGCUUGGGUCUUCUACCAAGUGCCAGCUUAGGCGGUAUCCCCGACGGCAAGACAAAGCUCAAUGGCAUCUACGAGCCUAUCCAUGGAUCUGCACCAGAUAUCGCUGGAAAGGGCAUUGUUAAUCCCAUUGCGACCGUCCUCUCCGUAAGCAUGAUGUUCAAGUACUCUCUGUGCCUGCCGGAGCUUGCGCAAAAGAUCGACGAGGCAACAAAAAUCACUAUUGACAAUGGCGUCCGAACCGCCGAUAUCGGCGGCAAAUCAAGUACAAGCGAAGUUGGUGACGCGAUAGCCGCUGAAUUAGAGAAGCUGCUGAAAAAGUAA